GUGUGUGUGUUUUUAAGGCCUGUUCACUUUAGCACAGUUCAUGUGAAAUAAGUUCAACAUUGCAGCUUUGAUGUAGCAUACCAGACCUGGAUAAAAGACAACAUACUAUUUGUAAAAUAUGUGUGUGAUUUUAGAGUGUUUAAUGCUUUAGUUUAUAAUCAUAAACUGUAGAAACAACUGUUGCAUUAUGGGUAUGGACCAAACAGACUCAUCUCCUUUUGCUUAGAAAAUGAUCAUUGGCAUUAUUACCAUUCCUAAUAUUUUAUUGACCAAACAUGAACAAAUCUAAUGGAUAAUCUACGUAUUUAUUGAAUAUAAAAACAGUCUUACUACCUUUAGUUACAAAGUGUGAUCUGUAAUGUCUUAAAACAGUUGUCUUCCAAAUGGCCUUAAAGAUAUUACAACAUGUCUUAACAUAUUGCAGAAAGUCCUCAGCAGAGCUUUGGUCGAUCUUAGUAACUUAUUGCAGAGCUUCUCUGAAGAAUUUCGAAACCAGUCUGUGCUUCGUCAGUUCUGCUUUCACCCCCCACUGUUUCCUGCCUUACAUCAAGCAGGCUAACAUCUCAGUUCUGCUUUUUAUGUACACUGUGCUCAACUUCAAUACUCUUGUAGCAAUUCUAAUGGAAACUUUCUGGAAAACGGUGGUCCCAUACAACCUACGUUUUUUAUGUUUUGCAAGCAGGGAACAUCAUUAAUAAAUACUGUUAUGCUGUCAUGGUGAAGGGAUGCCAUUAAACCCUGUCAGGCAUUUGGAUAGUAUGUUGUGUGCUGUAGCUAAAAAUGUAGUUGUUCAUUAAAGUUUAAUUCAGAGUGCAUUUUAUUAUUUGACUUUAUUGUAACCGGAGGAUUAGGAACUCUUUCAGGUCAAUAAAGGGUGGCUGUGGCGCAGUGGUUUAGAGCGCUGAUCAUCAGAUUGGGACCAGGGAAGCACAGGUUAAAUCCUAACUUAACAGCCACUGCAGUCAACAUGCUGUUGUGUCCUUGGGUAAAACACUACUAAAUUGCAUGUAUUACAUGUCUGAUGUAUGUAAUAUGUCAUUUAAAGGACUUUUAGCACUUCGAAAAGCGCUAAAAUAAACACUAUGAACUAAUAACGUCCCUCCUUCUGUUCCACUCUAUAAGGCAAAGCCACCCCUCCAACUCCAUCAAGCCAAAUAUGGAUAAAAACUGCCUUAUUAUCAUAAAGGUGGGACUGGUCAGUUUCUUAUAAAGCCUGCAGAUCUGAAACCAUCUCCAAAACUUAAUUGAGCUCCGAUAUAAUCAACAAUUCAACUCUCUGACCAUUCCAAGGGCCCAGCGCAGCACCAACACAUCAGCUUUCUGAGGAGUCAUUCCACGGCAGAUCAGCACUCCACGCCUCCUUCCUGGUCUGCUUUCUAUGUUGAGGGAUUAAACAUUUGAUUGGUGUCAGGUUGUUGUGUCUACAAGUGAGGCUACUAAUCUUAAAAUGUGAUUAUUUGGAAAGCGUGGUUGGACAAAGGAGAAUGCAUGAAAAUAUUUUACUCAGAUGUUUUAUGUUCAUUGAUAUCUUUGCAUACCCAUACAAACUUCAUUACAGUUAUUGUCAUAUUGUGUUUGUGUUGUCAGUCAUGUGGACCCCUGGCCUGCUGUUCCUGCUGUUGAUGUCCUCCGGCCUCCCUGUCCUAAACGCUGCACCAGACACUCCGAUGGAAACUUCUGAAUGCGAAAGACCCUCAGAGCAAGGACAUAAAAGUGGAGGCAGAGAAACGAAGCGUGAAAAGAUACAAAAUUGGUUUAAGAAAAAUUAUAGGGAGAUUGGAGAGGUUCUUGUUGCUUUUUGGGGACAGGGCCUUCUCUGCCAAUGCUCCCACACUCUGGAACAGUCUACCACUCCACGUACGCUGUGCCCAAUCACUGCCCAUGUUCAAAAAGCACCUCAAAACAUUUCUCUGCACUAAGUCCUUUGAUCCCUAACCCCCACUCCCCUUUUCUCCUCCCUAUUUGUAACCCCAACAACCUUGGGUACCAUGAAAGGCGCUAUAUAAGUUUAAGUUAUUAUUAGUAUUAUUAAUACACCAAUAGUUGGGGGACACAUUGCUGGAGGGAUUAAAACCAUGCUGCUGCUGCUAGUGCCACAAGCAGACCCACAGAAUGUUGUAAACUCUAACCUUAAAGCUCUUGAUGUUAAGUUUGACAUCUUUCUUGCAGAAAUGAAGUGGGCAGCUGGUGUCUACCAAAUUCCAGUGAACAACAUAGAGAAAGCCUGGUAUAAAUACACAGAGUUAGUGUCUAGUAAUUCUAAAACUACUAGCUCAGAAAAGAAGGCACUCGAAGAGAUUUUUUUUACACAUUAUAGCCAAUACGCAGACAGCACUUUGGACUUACACCAUCUCUUGACAGCUGAACCAUCCUCCCUUACACAAAACCUUGGGGAUGUUCUGGCUAAUAGUUUAAAAUGUCAUGAAGAGGAUAUCAAAGUCAAGUUUUCGUAUUUGAAUGAGCUUAUGUGUAACGGCAGUAUGCUUAACAAAAUGUAUUACAACUUUAAAGGAACAACCACCCAUGUCUUGUUUAAAACUGCCCUCAAGACUAUGUCCGAAUCUGCCUCAGCUUUGUUCAAAUCACACCAGAGGUGCUUAUCUGACAGUGCUGCUUACAUAGAAAGAGACGUUUUUGAGCGAAUCGAUGACACCAAAGAGCAUCAAGAAAUAGCAGAUAUCAAGGCCUUCUUGGCCAAAAUAUAUGCCAGGUAUGAUUGGAUGGUCACUGCUUUUACAACACAUAACAUACCUUUCCUUAACGGACAUGUUAUGACAGGAUUUACCGAGAUAAAGAGAGGAACAGUUACUGUGGCUGUAGCCAGACAGGUAAAAGCAACUUACACCAAGGCUGCAGAUAUUAAAGAAGCUAUUAGUAGGUGUUUACCUAAGAGGUUUAAAGAUUGUUUGAAUGUAGCAAAGAUACUAAGGAAAUGUAAGGAAUCCAUUUUUGGAAAGCAUGUGUUUGACACGCUCACAGAAGUGCAUGCCUUUAGAAAAAAGAGUCAAACCUCCACUGAUGCUGGGAAAGCUCCAAAUGAUGUUACACGUAAUACUUUUCAAAAGGAUUGUGGGCCGUAUAGAACAUCUCUGCUCCAAAAUAAACUGUGGGCAACAUGGCAAGUGUGUUGUUGUGCCAAGGACCUUGAUAGCAAUGUGUGAAUGCAAGUACCCAUAUGUUGGGGAUCACUGUGACAUCAGCUUAGCUGAGGCCUUUAAAAAAACGCUUCUGACCGUAGACCUCUGAAGAUCACUUCACAAAGCCCCUCUAAUCGUAGAUCUCCACAGAGCAAAUCAAUAUGCUUUGCUGAUCGUAGAUCUCCAUGGCGUAGACCAAAUCGCUCUUUCCAGGAUAAUAUGAGGCCUUAAGUCAUUAGCCACGCUAGCAGAAAUGACAGGCUUUACUUGAGUACAGCAAUGCUUUGAGCUAAAUGCUUUCAUUAAACGUUCAUUGGUAAAGUGUUACAUAUAUAUAGUGAUUGAAAUGUAUUAAUGCGAUUAUAUGCUUGAACCUUUGUGUGAUCCGUGUUGAUGUCAUUACCUAUUGUCCAUUUUUGUGUAGACUUGAAAAAGUGUUGAGCUUGAGCCUUGAAUUGCUAGCCAAUAAAAU